ACAAACAUGGAAAGACUUCAGUGUACAUUGGCUGUAGAAGAGCUUUCAAAAGCUGGUGAUGUCCAGAAAUCCAGCAUUCACAAAAACAUUUUCAUCUCGGUGGGACGCAAUGAAUUCAGAGAUGUUGUACUUAAGGUGGAACUUCAGAAAAAAGAUUUGAAAUUUUCACUGAGAGAAUUAAGAAUUCACAAAAAGUUUGCAAAGGAUGGAAAAUCAACAAUCAGAAUCCCUGACAAAAACAUGAAUUUGUUAAUUAGUAAUUGUCCACCAGAUAAAUUGAUAUAUUUCUUAAAGUUGCUAAGUACCAAGUUUGAAUGUGGACGACUAAAAGGUUUUAUAUCAGAAAGAAAGAAACUUCUGUCAGAUGUGCCAAAGUCAUUUGAAGAAAUCAGCCCACUUACCAUCAAAGACUUGAAGACUGUUCAUGAGGCAAGGGCUAAAGAAUUGGAAUCAAAACCUGAUAUGUUUACACCAAAAGGAAAAGGUGUUGGAAAAAGGAAAAGAUCCAUUGAGGAUGACAAAGAAAACCGACCAGUCCAGAAAAGUAAGUUCAUGUGCAGCAGUCUUAACCCAUCAGCCAUCGCUGUGCCUGUCAAACUCAGCAAAGAACAAAAUACAAUACUGGAUGCUGUCCUUCAAGGAAAAAAUGUGUUUUUCACAGGGAGUGCAGGGACAGGGAAGUCUUUCCUGAUGAGGAGAAUAAUUGGUUCUCUUCCACCCCAGCACACAUUUGCUACAGCCAGUACUGGAGUGGCUGCUUGUCACAUAGGGGGAACCACAUUACAUGCCUUUGCAGGUAUUGGUUCUGGAUCAGCCCUUCUUGAGCAGUGUGUACAGUUAGCAUCUCGGCCACAGAUUGCUCAGCAGUGGAGGAAAUGUCACCAUCUUGUCAUUGAUGAAAUCUCAAUGGUGGAUGGAUCAUUGUUUGACAAACUGGAGACAAUAGCUCGAGUGGUCCGUAAGAAUGAUAAUCCUUUUGGGGGAAUUCAGCUCAUUAUCUGUGGGGACUUUCUGCAGCUGCCUCCCGUUACCAAGGGAACAGAGAAAAAGACAUUUUGCUUUCAGGCAAAAUCCUGGUCAAAGUGCAUUCAGGUCAACAUGGAACUGAAAGAAGUGCGUCGUCAGAAUGAUAUCUCUUUCAUCAACAUUCUACAGAAUGUCCGCCUUGGAAAGUGUAGUGAGGAAACAUACCAAGUACUGAGAGAGACAGCACAACACAACAUUCAAAGGAAUGGUAUCCUAGCAACCAGACUGUGUACUCAUAAAGAAGAUGUCAACAAAAUCAACCUGUACCAUCUGGGUAAACUACAGGGAGAUGAGAAGACAUUUGUAGCUCUGGAUGGAGAUGAAGUUUAUCAAAGUCAGCUGGAAGUUCUCUCCCCUGUCCCAAAGAAACUCAACCUUAAAGUUGGUGCUCAGGUGAUGUUGGCCAAAAAUCUGGAGGUCCAGAGGGGACUUGUGAAUGGAGCUCGUGGAGUUGUUGUUGGAUUCGAUAAAAAGAACCAAGAUUAUCCUGUGGUGAAGUUUGUUUCUGGAGAAGAAGAAGUGAUACGGCCAGUAAGGUGGACGUUCAAGUUGUCUGGAACUGUUUAUAUAAACAGAAAACAGCUUCCACUCAAGUUGGCAUGGGCAAUAUCCAUACACAAGUCUCAGGGAAUGACUCUGGAUUGUGUGGAGAUGUCCCUGUCUAAAGUGUUUGAGGCUGGACAGACGUAUGUAGCCCUGUCCCGCGCCAAGAGUUUGGAGGGACUGCGGAUUCUCGACUUUGAUCGGUCCUGCGUCCAUGCUAAUCCGGAUGUCCUUAGGUUCUAUCACAAACUAGAACUAACCCGAAAAAUGAUGCAGACAUCUAUAGAUGAUUGUUGGUGAGCAUUAGAAGACAUCUAUGGCUGAUUGAUGGUGAGCAUUAAAAGCUUAGAGAUGACCCAGAUGUUUGUCCAAAUCUCUGUCUCAGGGUGCAGAAACAGUACUUGAAGAGAGGAAGGAUGUGUUUUGUUUAUGUAUAAAUCAUCAAAUACCUCAACAUGAUCUCAUUACAUGCACAUUUGAUCUCAGGUGUGUUGUGGUCUAUCAUUGAUACAGGUCUCUACCAACUAAGUGAUAUUGCAUCAAGCUUUCUACGGAUAUUAAAAAACUAUUUCUGAUUCUUUUUUAAAUGAGAAAUGAGUGCAUCGCUCAGCAUUAUAGGUUUGUGACUCUCCCCUUCCAACUCUUUAUCUAUAAUGGGAAUGCCAUUAUGAUAGAAUACAUUAUUUAUUUCUUAUAUACCAGUACAUGUCAAUGCAGAAUUGUGAUAUGAUAUAUAGAAGUAAUUUAUCAUAGUGAGAAUGUGUUUUUAUUUUUUUACAAUUGCAUGGCAAAAAUGACAAAUAAAUCCAUAAA